CCCCCACCCGCAAAGCUCCUGUUUCACUCAAAGAUGGCGUCAGCUCUGGAGCCACUGCUCUCUGGCUGCAUUUUUCGGGCUUGUUGUUGUCUGUGUUUCGAACGCUUUCUGGCACCUUCUCCUCGGCCACUCGAGCCGAAAUUCUGGUUGCAGGAGUUUCUGAAGAAUACCCAGUAGGAAGAUGGUCAGCCUACGUCGCUUCCUGGAGUGAGAGUUCUGUUCAGGACCGCUUGUUCCAACAGCGCUAGGAGGAUCAACAAGGAAGGAACGAACUGCUGGACAGUAUUUUCACACUUACAUUUCCUCAACGGAAGAAACCGAAACUCUCCGAAAGUGCUGUCACAAUUCUUAACAAAGAUGCUCCAUCUAAACGGAUAACAAUAACCGUCAGAAUCGAGGAUUCUACUUUACUGACUGCUUUUGAGACGGGCAAAUAAGACGACACCCAAGGCUCUUGCAACUUUUUCUCUUGGAGUAGCUGUUGUGUCCGCCUGUUGCAUACCUCACCUCUUUGCUUUGGUGUGGCAGCCCUUCAGGAGGAAGGGUCACUGGGUUAGGGGAAUCUUUUCGAGGUUGGGGGGGGGGGAUUUAGGGAGCCUAUGCUAUGGUGAUCGGCUCCCUCACUAACAGCUCCUGCUCAGGCACAGAGAGACUUACUACACCUCCCCGGGACAAAGGAUAGCCUCCUGGAAGAAGAGAGAGGAGGAGGAGGACAACGACGUUGAGGCAGCGCCAGGGCUGAGGCCGCUGGGUGCUCCCUAGCGGUUGUGAGAGUGUGUUGGGCUUUGGCCCAGCAGUAUUACAGCAGCCAUGGUGAAGCUGGCCAACCCGUUAUACACCACCUGGAUCUUGGAAGCCAUCAAGAAGGUGAAAAAGCAAAAGCAGCGGCCCUCCGAAGAGCGCAUCUGCAAUGCUGUGUCAAUGUCCCAUGGGCUUGACCGCAAGACGGUUCUGGAGCACCUCGAGCUCAGUGUUAAAGAUGGCUCCAUACUCAAGGUGUCCAACAAGGGGCUCAACUCAUACAAGGACCCCGAUAACCCUGGACGUUUAUCGCUCCCAAAACCCAGGGCGGCAGGAGGUGGAGGCAGUUCCAGCACCUCCAGCUCCAGCAAAAAACCAGGCUUGGACUGGAACAAACUCAUAAAGCGCUCUCUGGAGGGGCUUCACGAACCUGGUGGAUCAUCCCUAAAGAGCAUCGAACGCUUUCUGAAAUGCCAGGCAGAUGUUGCAGGUUAUCUGUCUGGCAGUGGCUCUAUGGGGCCAGGCAUUUUCCACCAGCAGCUCCGGCUUGCUCUGAAGCGGGCCGCAGCUCACGGGCGGGUGGUAAAACAAGGACCGCUCUUCCGGUUGGUAAGCAGGAGUUCUCAUAAUGACGGGACGGGCUGUGUGUCUCUGGAUUCUCUGCCUCCAGUGCGUCUGCUGCCCCACGAACAAGAUCGGCCUGUGGCAGAGCCCAUACCCAUCUGUAGUUUCUGUUUGGGGACCAAGGAACAGAACCGCGACAAGAAGCCUGAAGAGCUAAUCUCCUGUGCAGACUGUGGGAACAGCGGGCACCCAUCCUGUCUGAAGUUCUCUCCGGAGCUCACAGCACGGGUCAAAGCUCUGUGGUGGCAAUGUAUUGAGUGCAAGACCUGCAGCAGCUGCCAGGACCAAGGAAAAAAUGCAGACAACAUGUUGUUCUGUGACUCCUGUGACCGAGGUUUCCACAUGGAGUGUUGUGACCCCCCACUGAUGCGAAUGCCAAAAGGCAUGUGGAUCUGUCAGAUCUGUCGGCCAAGAAAAAAGGGAAGAAAGCUCUUACAUGAAAAAGCAGCACAAAUCAAACGGCGAUACAAUGCACCACUGGGGCGACCAAAGGGCAGACCGGGCCGACCUUUUAAGAAGCUUCGAGGUGGUGGGCGUGGCAGGAGAAGGCGGGGCACCGGAGGGGUGGAUCGGUGUUCACAAGGCUCCUCCUCCCCACACUCUUCCUCGAGCUCCUCAUGCGAAGGUUACCCUGGUGACGAUCGCAUGCUGUUCUCUCUCCGAGAAGAAGAUUCUGGGCAUGGUGGCCUGCGUUUUAACAAGAAAACAAAGGGUCUGAUUGACGCUCUCAGCAAGUUCUUCACGCCAUCCCCGGAUGGGAGGAAAGCCCGUGCUGAAGUGGUGGACUAUUCCCAGCAAUAUCGUAUACGCAAGAAGAGCAACCGCAAGGGCGAGCAUGAUGACAGGACAGGAGGUGAGAUAGACAAUCAGGAGUGUGGAGACAACUGGCGGGAGGACGAAGACAAGCUGCCAGGACAUGAAAAUCUAACUGAGAAAGACGUGGAGCUCUUCAGGCACAUUCAGGAACUGGCACUACAGAAAGUCGGAGUGACUGGUCCACCGGACCCCCAGAUGCGAUGCCCAUCAGUUAUUGAGUUUGGGAAGUAUGAAAUACAGACGUGGUACUCUUCGCCAUACCCACAGGAGUACAGCAGGCUCCCUAAGCUUUACCUCUGUGAGUUCUGUCUACGCUACAUGAAGAGCCGCAGCAUUCUCUACCAGCACAUGCGAAAGUGCAGCUGGUUCCACCCGCCUGCCAACGAGAUCUACAGGAAGGACGACGUGUCCGUUUUCGAGGUGGAUGGAAAUGUCAGCACAAUAUACUGUCAGAAUCUGUGCCUGCUGGCCAAACUCUUCCUGGACCAUAAGACGCUGUACUAUGACGUGGAGCCCUUCCUCUUCUAUGUACUCACACAGAAUGACAGUAAAGGCUGCCAUCUCGUAGGAUACUUUUCAAAGGAGAAGCAUUGUCAACAAAAAUAUAAUGUAUCCUGCAUCAUGAUUCUUCCACAAUAUCAGCGCAGGGGCUAUGGGCGAUUUCUCAUUGACUUCAGUUACCUUCUGUCCAAGAGGGAAGGCCAGCCAGGAUCACCAGAGAAGCCAUUGUCAGACCUUGGCCGGCUAUCCUACAUGGCAUAUUGGCGUAGUGUGGUGCUGGAGUGCCUACACGAGAUCAGAGAUCGACAGCUCACCAUCCGCAAACUCAGCAAAAUCACCGGCAUUUGUCCUCAAGAUAUCACAGCCACCCUCCUUAGUCUAAAUAUGCUGGAACAGAGAGGGGACCGGGUGAUUAUUCUGCGCCGAGAGAAGCUGGUGGCUACUCACAUGGUCCGACUGAAGGCCAAACCUCGACUUCUUGAAGUUGAUCCAGACUGCUUGCGCUGGACACCUGUUAUCGUCACCAACACAGUAGCAUCUGAAGGAGAAGGAGAUGAGGAGGAGGAGGAGGAGGAGGAAGGAGAGGGACUUAAAGAGAUCAAACCCAGCCACAAGAGUUCCCCACUCUCCUGGCAUAUGAAAGGAGAACAGGACAAGGAGGACGAGAAAAAGUGCUUCACAGCAUUGCCUAAAAACCAAAGCCCUCCACAGUCCUCUUCUGUUUGCAACAAUGUUCUCAGUCCUGAACGUCCUUCCCUUUUUCUUACGGCUAAUGGGGAACGCAGGGGACCUGGGCGCCCUCCCAAAAACUGGUUAUGGGGCAAGGUGAAGGAUGCACCACGUCCAGGGCCAGGUCGACCCCGUAAACUAAGGCCCCCAGAGGAUGAUGAUGAGGAUGAUGAGGAGGAGGAUGAUGAUGAUGAUGAUGAAGAAGAAGAGGAUGAUGAAAGAACUGGCAUUAAUAAAGUGACAACAACAUCGUCAAUGCUCCUGGCCUUAGAAAAUGAGCCUGACUCUACAUCAGCCUGUCCCUUGGAGGCUUCCAGGCACCCUGCAGUUCCACCCCCACGCAGCAGAGGGCGUCCUCCACGAAAAAAGCGUGGCCCAAAACGCAGGCUCAGUGAGGGGCAUGAAGAUGACCUGCCAUUGUUGCCCCAUACCACAAGGCUGAGUGAACCCACACCAGUCUGUCCGGCCUUUAUCAGUGAGAGCAGUGAAGAUGAGGAUGAAGAUGAUGAUGAGGAUGAGGAUGAGGAUGAAGAUGAUGAGGAUGAUGAGGAUGAGGAUGAGUUAAGGGCUCGUUCACCACCUCUCCUCACUAAGCCCACAUUAGGGCUUAAAUGCAAGUCUCAGAAGUCCUUUCGAAAGCGACGUGCACGUCAGCGCAGCCAUCCCCACAGCAGUGUAGUUACAGAAACCAUCUCAGAGACUACUGAAGUUCUGGAUGAGCCAUUUGUGGAUUCAGAUUCUGAAAGGCCCAUGCCCAGACUAGAAGAGGAAACUCCAUUCGGCAACCCUCUCCGACGCUACACAGCAGCCCGCAAACACAUGGGACCAGCCCUUAAAAGUAUCAACAGAGGGAAUCUGACUGAAUCGGAGGAAGACGAUCCCACUCCUGUGCUGAAGCCAAUUGAUGUCCUGAGAAGACCUGAAACUUCAGAGGCCACACAGAGAACAGGGGCAACAACUGAGAUGCCUGAGGUCCCAGUAAAAAAGAAGAAAGGCUGGCCUAAAGGCAAGAGUCGCAAGCCACUCCACUGGAAGAAACGCCCAGGCAGGAAGCCUGGUAGUGGAGCCGGUCAGACAGCUGACACUAGUCUGGCAGUUCCAUCCUCAGAGGACCCACCUCCCCCAAAGAUCAAAAUGAAGCCUGGCAGAAAACCUCGCAGCUAUUACCUUCAGCGGGCCCAGGAGGAAGCAGCGAGACAGGAAUUUGAGCAAAGCCGAUUAGCUCAGCAGAAGCAGCUAGAUAAUUCAACAUUGGAGGACAAGACCUGUAAGAGGACAGCCAGAGCCAUAACAUCUGACCUCAACCCUGAUAAGCAGAAAGACUCUGAAGAGGAGGAUGAUUUUCUUCAGAGUUUUAGAGAGCCAUCUAAACCCAAAAGGCGAGGUCGGCCACCAAAAAAUUCCAACCUCCCUCCCCCUGUACCUAAACCUUCUCCUCUGUCUGAGCCAGAAGAUGAUGAUGAAGAGGAUGACCGACCAUGGGCAGUGGAGAAGAUCAGCUGUCCAACGUCUCGUUCCAUGCCACAGUCUUCCAGCACCAGGGUCUCUCAGCCAAGAGCUAACGCAGAUGUGGCAGAUGCAGAGGAUGAAGAGCAGGAUGAUGAAGAUUGCGAUAAUGGGGUUAAGCGGAGAACAGCAACUACACCAGGUUCAGGAAGCCGACGUAGUGAUGAUCAUGAUGCAGAUGACGAAGGGGACGGUCGUCUUGAAGAGAAAAGUGACUGCAGCAGUAGCAGUAAAAGGAAGAAGAGCCAAGACUCUGAGGAUGAUGUGGAGGAGCAAGAGGAUGAUGAAGAGGAGGAACCAUCGUCGCCUGCUCGCUCUCCCCCUGUGAAAGAAGAACCCCAGAGUAGUGAGGGUUUUUUAGACAUGCAGGUCAACGUGACACGGGAUUAUGUCAGCAAACAGGAGGAGGGCGAGGACGAGGAGGAGGAUGCAGAGGAGGUACAAGAGGUGAAGACUAGCUCUGCUGAUACAGAUGAACGCCGACGACGAGAGCAGGAGGAAUCUGCAGCAGCUGCGGCAGCUGUAGAGACAGUAACCACCAUUGCGGUCCCCUCUGAACCUCUGGACAUGCAGCCUUUACACGUCGAGGAUAAGUCCGUGCUCAUGAUGGGGGCUGAGCACUCACACCAGCAUCCUGACUUCAAAGAUGACCUGAGCCACCAGCAACACACGCAUCACCACAGCAGUGAGCUGGAUUUAGAAACAGUGCAAGCUGUCCAGUCACUUACGCAAGGUGAGUCUCAGGAGGAGGAUGCAGAGUCCCAUGGAGCCUACCAGGACUGUGAGGAGACGCUAGCUGCCUGUCGAACCCUCCAGAGCUACAGUCACGGUGAGGGAGAGGAGGAAACACUAGCCCUGGUGGAAGAGUGUGGAGCCUCCCAGCACAGUCCCAUGCCCAACCCACCAAUGCCCACGUUACCAAACCAGUCUGUCCGUUCAGUCAACAGCCCUGGAAUGACUCCUGGUCCUAUGGACCCUGGACCAGGGGUGCCUGGUGCCACAGGAACUGGAGGGGGAACAGGCGGAGGGUAUACCCAAAUAACCCCAGAACAUCCCAGCUCUCUAUCUGCUCCCUCACUGCAAAACAUGGAAACCUCCCCCAUGAUGGAUGUGCCAUCCGUUUCUGAUCAUUCACAGCAAGUGGUGGACAGUGGCUUUAGUGACCUUGGCAGCAUUGAAAGCACCACCGAAAACUAUGACAAUCCGAGCAGCUAUGACUCAACCAUGGGUGGUGGAGGUAACGGAGGAGGAAAUGGAAGUAAUGGAGGUGGCAUGUCUGCAGCUGCUGCAGCAGCAGUGGCUGCUUCCUCUUCGUCAUCUUCAUCCUCAAGUUCAACCACACCAUCGUCAUCAUCUUCGCAAGGCAACAGCUGCUCCUUCGUCUCAACUCCUGGGCUGACAUCCUCUAGCACAGGCGUUGGCUCUCAGAUCACCAUGGGGAGCUGUAGCCUUAUCCAGCAAGCGGGUCCUGGACCAACUAAUGGACCUGGAGCUAACAGUGGUAGUGGCGUCCCACAACCUCCACCCCCACCUCCUCCCCCUUCUUCCAGCACUCCAACUUGUGGUAUAAAGUCUCCACAAGGCUGCGUCAUCGAAAGGCCUCCAAGUGCCAGCCAGCAGCAACAGAAGAAAGUCUCGCAACCACCUCAACAGCAGCAAAACCCUCAGCCUCCACCCUCUGCUCCACCACCCCCUCCACCUCAACAGCAAGCACUCUCGCAGUGCAGCAUGGGAAAUGGGUUCGCUUCCACACCCAUGAUCAUGGAGAUUCCUGAAAGUGCAGGCAGCGGUGGUGGAGGCAGGAGUUUGUAUGACCGCAUGGGCCAGGACUUUGGAGCGGGUGGGUACGGUCAACCCUCAGCUACUUUCAGUUUAGCCAAACUCCAGCAGCUAACCAAUACCAUCAUGGACCCGCAUGCCAUGUCUUACUCGCAUUCAGCUGCUGUCACCUCAUAUGCCACAAGUGUUUCGCUAUCCAACCCAGGCUUAGCACAGCUUGCUUCUUCCCCACACCCACCCUUGCCCCAGGCUCAGCCCACUAUGACCCCACCUCCCAAUUUGAGUUCUGGCUCCAUGAACCUGGGCUCUCCCUUGAUUCAGUGCAACAUGACAGGCGCUAACAUCGGACUACCUCCCCCUCCCCAUACUCAGCGGUUGCAAGGCCAAAUGGCUACUGUCAAAGGCCACAUUUCAAUUCGUUCCAAAGCCUCUCAAAUUCCUGCAGGCUCCCCUCACCAGCAGCAAUUGUACAGUCGCAGCUCUGGCGCUGUGACCAUGCAAGGCUCCCCACGCACUCUAGCGGUGCAGCGUGGCAUGAUGACCAACCUUAUGCCCACACCUGCUGCCUACAACUCUAUGAACAUGAAUCAGCUAAAUGCUGCCAUGUCAGCUGGCUACCGCAUGCCGCAGCCCAUGAUGAACAGCGGGUACCACAGUAACCCGCCCUAUAUGAACCAGCCGGCCCAAUACCCCAUGCAAAUGCAAAUGGGCAUGAUGGGAGGGCAGGGUUACCCACAGCAGCCUAUGCAGCCCAAUCAUCAUGGAAACAUGAUGUACACGGGCCCCUCACACCACAGCUACGCUGGCGUCCCCAAACAGUCGCCUUACAUGAGCAGAUGAGCACCAGAGAACUAGCAGAGAGAACUGAGAGACAUUCCCCACCAGACUCUGCAUCUCUGUACUUGAUCCAUUUGUUUCCACCCUCCAAAGUCUGGGCGAAAAAGCAACACGAUAAGUGAGCUUGGUGGAGGAAGAGGACAUAGAGACUACGACGAUUUCUUUUCCUUUAUAAAUAUUUUGUCGUCAAGCUCUGUUCCUUUUAGGUUCAUUUCCCAAUUGCCUGAGCUGAUGGAGCUGGGGAAAUGAUGAUGGGCUGAUCAUGCGAGAUGAUCUAAUGGACCUUUAUUGUGGCAAGUGUCAUGCUCCUUCAGUCCUUCAGACCAGUCUGCCACGGUUGUACCAACAGGGUUGGUCCGCCGAAGUGUCCGCCACUCCAUCCAUGCGACAGAAGGGGCAAAGCAUAUAAGCAGCUAAAGGGGAAGUGGACCUAACUUUUCAAACUGAGAAACAAAUACAUUUACGUUGCUAAUGAACAUACAUUGAAUCAUGCACACAAUCGUUCAAUUGACAUAGGAAGCCUUACCUUAAAAGAGACAAAAUAAUUGUAGAUGGACUUUUUUUCUUUUUUUAUAUUAUAUUAUUAUUAUUUACUUUAUUUUUUAAAAUGUUCUCUUUUUUUUUUUCAAUGACUGUUGAAAUGCUUGUGUUUCAGUUUGACCUUCUCAUGCUUUAUGUGUGUGGUUGUUCUGGACAAAGUGAUUCAUGCUCGCUCACUCGUACACUCACUCACUCAUGAAUACAGUCGCUCACACACACAGCUCUAUAGCCACUUGAAAGCUUACGUGGAGGCACUUCUAGUCGGGACGCACAAGGUGUCCGAGUUGUCUGUAAAUCUGUGUCUUCCCAUUAUGGAACCGUGUACAUCACAACUUAAUAGUGGUAAGAGCCCUAAUGGACUUAAAUAGUAAUGACCAUGCGUCCAUAGACUGGACUGAACAGAAGUCCAUGGAAAUUAAUAAUGUAAAUAUUCUGGUACUACCUGGUUCACAGCACAUACUCGUGAAAUCUAUUACACACUUUUCACGAACACUCCACAGAUGUCAAUAGUGGGAAGGUCUUUAAUUUCAUACUACACAGUGCAGCGUCCACUUAAUGUGGUGGGUCAAAAGGGUUGAACCACACAGGAGUACAUCUGCUGAGCAGUUAGCUUUGAACUGUGCUCAUCCAAUGAUGUUAACGAUGCCUCCUAAAGUAGGCCUUACUGUGGCACCAGUAAGUAGCGCUCCUCGUACUCCAGCUGAUCAUGCAGAGGAAAUGUUGUCUGUUAGCCACGAGAGGGAGUUGUACAAAUAAUUAGAUCCGUGUCUGCAAUGCACACAUGGACAAACGAACACUCAUACCCGGGAUAAAGGUUAAAGUGCAUGAUGUCCUGAGAUGUUACUGUUUUAGGACAGCGGGCAGAGAAUUUCUUAAUGUUCCAGUAUUCAUUGUCAAUAUGAGGAAUCUUUCUCAAAGACCUGACGUUUCAUAUAUUAUUUGUGCGCUUUUGUUUUUCUGAAUUUUAUCAGACUGGGCAGCUUUCUUUUAUGACACAAGCUGACUCUUUUUGACUUUAGAAGACUUAUUGUAGAGAAAAUGUUUUUUCUAAAAUAUAAAAAAAGAAAUUCUGACAUGGAUAUUGGUACUGUCAUUUUUUUCACUUCUGUUUCAGGAAAAAACAAUGCAUAUUUUUUAGCUCGACUCUUGGGGUAAAAUUAUUAAGAAAUUCAAAACUAAAAAAAAUUACAACUCACUUUUAGUGAAUUUAAGAUGCCUUUAACCUUUCCAUUCCAUCUCAUCUCUAGAGUUUUCUAUCUUUGUGUAGUAUAUUAAUGCUAUUUUAAAACAAAAGGAAAAAACAGAUAUCUAAAGGUCACUUAGCGUUAUUUUCUUUAUUUUCUUGGUUAUUGUGUGUGUAUAGGACAACUUCCUUACAUCUAUGAGGCAUGUAAAAAUGAGCUCAGUAUAUUUCUGUCUGUUUAUAUUGCUUACCUUUUCGUAUACUUUGUAAUUGUACAUGGUGAGUUGUAAGCUAAGAGAGAGCCUGGUAGCCGGAGAAAGAGAGAGAGCCAAGCCGGGGCGCUCUGUGAUGGUGGGAAGCGUCCACCUUCCACUCCUCUCUGUUUUGUCCUUGUAUGUAUUUCCAUUUAUUUGUUUCUUUCUUUUCUUUUUUUCUUAGCAAGUACUUUCAAAGAACUCUGUACAUUUUAACAUGAAACAAAAAUAAAUUAUGUUGAGCCAUUUCA